GUAAACGGAAGUGAACAGUGACCAAGAACGAUUUCCCCGUUAGCGUUUUUAUUGUUGUUAUUUAGACGUUUAUUAACACACUGGAACGUAAAAUAUGACUAAUUUACUUGCACAACAUAACAUACGUACCUAAGGUAGUGUUUAAAUCACGUUGGAGACAGGAUUUGAUUGAUAGCUAGCUAGCUGGCUGCUAACCAGCUAAAAAUGGCUAACGUGAACAGUAUGGUUUUUCACACUCAAAUAGCCUCCAUCAUGGAGGUGCUAGCGAAUGCAGCCGUGGCAGAGAUCUGUAAAGUCGUAGACGACGACUAUGCAGUGUUUCGUUUGGAAAUAACUCAGAGCCAGAAAGAGAAUAGGGCAUUGCGGAGGAAACUACAGCUACUAGAAUUGAAGGUGUCACGGGAGCGCGCAGAGAGGACAUUGCGAGAGCGCGUCCUCGCCAUUUCCAGUAGUGUCAAGAUCCUCGACCGAUACAGAGGAAUGACAAGAGGCGAAGGACAUCUCACUGGAGGCCACAGGAGCUUUGUGAAGCCAACGGGACACAAUAUAUGGAGAGAUGACCAACCAAUCACUGUUGAUGAGGGGAAUGGAACCUCAUCCCAGCACGUUAUCGUGAUGGAGUCUGCAGAUGCAGAGGCUGCAGGUCCUGGGGUCAAGCAGGAGAAGACUGAAGGAGAGGAGGAACCAUGGCACAGCCGUAACAUCCAGACUGGCGCUCCCCCUGUAGCCACGGAGGACCCCACCACUGCCACCGUGCUACCCAUGACCCGAUGCAGCAUCACGGAGGUCAGUGGAACGCCAAACGCCAUCCUCAAGUCAGAGACAGACACCAAGACUUUAACGGGGCUGGGCUGUCCUGCUCCUCACUCAGAAUAUUUCCAGUACGGUAACCCGAGGACGGUUCUGUCCCAUCAGGACUCAGGUGACACGUUACAGACUGGCAAUGAUCCGUCCUGUUCAUACACAACAGAGAUGAUACCUGGUGACAUGCCUGUGGGCUUAGAUACACAGACUAAUCCAAUGAGAGGGAACUGGAACCAGUACAGUAGUAGUGUAUACUCUGGACGGUGCCUAGAUAAGAAAGGGGAGGGUCUGGUCGUAGAUGAGAUGACUGUGAAAGUGGAGGGCGACGUUCCUGUGACAUGGAAUGCAGACGAGACUCACUUCGGAGAAGGACACUCGCAUGGCAGCUCCAGUGACUUCUUAGACUACAGGGAAAGCUUAGAGACAAAUUUAAAUGUCUCGACCCACUCCCCUUUACACCCAGUGUCCAUGUCGAUGGGGCCUUCCGAUUCACAAGGCUGCAUCCUUUUAGAUCAAGUAUUGAACUCAAACAACCAAACGGCCAAGGUGUGGGGAGAGGGAGCAACAACAGGCGGUAAAGAGAAGCAGUUCUUUUGCAUGUUCUGUAACAAAGGCUUCAGCUGCCCACAGAAGGUCGAGAUCCACCAGAGGGUCCACACAGGGGUGAAACCCUUCAGCUGUACCCAGUGUCAUAUGCGCUUUGCCCAUGCUGGCAACCUGAAGAGGCACCAGCGGUUCCACACAGGGGUAAAACCCUUCAAAUGUACCCAGUGUCACAUGCGCUUCACCCAGGCUGGUGACCUGAAGAGGCACGAGAGGGUCCACACAGGGGAGAAACCCUACAGCUGCCCCCAGUGUGAGAAGAGGUUCUCCCGUCAGGACCAGCUGAAGAUGCACUUGAAAGUCCACACGGGAGAGAAGCCAUUUGCCUGUACACACUGUGGGAAGAGGUUCUCAGAGAGGACAUACCUCAGGAUGCACCAGCAAAAACACCAUUCAGAGGAGGGUCCAGAGGUGCUGCUGGUGAAGGAGGAUGGUUGUGAGGAGAGUCUGGGGAACCCUAAGGGGACCAAGGUCAUGGAGGACAACCAGACGACACCUCCUUCUGAACCCACAGAGGAACCAGCUGAACAGCACAGGACCAAACACAGUCUCACUGAGCUGCUAACAAUGGCUAACUGUAUGGCUUUUCACACGCAAAUAGCCUCCAUCAUGGAGGUGUUAGCGAAUGCAGCCGUGGCAGAAGUCUGUAAACUCGUAGACGACGACUAUGCAGUGUUUCGUUUGGAAAUAACUCAAAGCCAGAAAGAAAACAGGUCAUUGCGGAGGAAACUACAGCUACUGGAACUGAAGGUGGCACGGGACCGCGUCCUCACCAGUCGCCCCAGUAGUGUCAAGAUCCUCGACCAGUGCAGAGGAAUGACAAGCGGUGAAGGACAUCUUACUGGAGGCCACGGGAGCUUUGUGAAGCCAGCAGGACACAAUACAUGGAGAGAUGACCAACCAAUCACUGUUGAUGAGGGGAGUGGAACCUCAACCCAGCACGUUAUUGUGAUAGAGUCUGCAGAUGCAGAGGCUGCAAGUUCUGGGGUCAAGCAGGAGAGGUCUGUAGGAGAGGAGGACCCAAGACACAGCAAAGACAUCCAGACUGGAGUGUCUGGAAAGCACCUUGUAGCCACCAAGGACCUUGCCACCACCACCGUGCCCCAGGCCUGGACCCAACCCAGCAUCACAGAGGAGGAUGAGGAGGUACUGCUGGUGAAGGAGGAGGGCCUGGGGAACCCUGAGGAGACCAUGGUCAUAGAGGACAACCAGACUACACCACCUCCUGAACCCACAGAGGAACCAGCUGAGCAGCACAGGACCACACACAGUCUCACUGAGUCAGUAGACAUGGAGAAUGGGAAGCCUGAUCUGUUGAUAGUCAAAGUGGAGACAAUAGAAGACGAACCAGAGAGCAUUGAUCUGCUGAGUGGACUAAAAAUGGGGGAGCAAGGUGGUUGGCUGGAGCCUAACAAGGGAGACUGGGCAGCCAUCUUGGAAUCCCAGACGGGCACAGCCAAGGGCCCAGGGGACCAUAUCACUGAGCAGGGCGAGAUAGUGGAGUCUGCAGUCCAUGAGGACCUGCUGAUGUCCGGUGUUGCUGACGGGAGAGACUGGACCUCUGUAGCGGCUGGUCACAAACCCUGGCCCCGGAUCAGGACCCUGGAUCAGGAGCUGUCACUGUUCCUUCCCGAGUCGCAACUAGGACCAAACCAAGAGGGACAGAGACUCCACCACCACACAGAACACAACCAGUGGACAGGUGGACUGAAUAACCUCAGUCCUGGUGGUCAUCAGAGAGACAGAGGAUCCAGUCUGCAGCCCAGAACCUUCUCUUCACAGUCUCAGUGCAGGGAUGAAGCAGGGCCUGGGGCUGAUAGAGAUAGACCCUCCUGUUCCUAUGAUACAAACACCACAGUAUCCAUGAUGAACAGAGCAGGUCACCCUGGGCGUCAGCCUUCACAGAGCGUGGUGGGAGACCCCCCUGGUGGUGGUCUUUCAGGAAGUCUGUCUUCAGGGUCUCAUCUAAUGCCUGGUGACUGGGUUCAUAGAAAGCCUGGGUCUAGCCUUCCUCAGCUACCUCAUGGUUACCCCACAAAUACAGACAGGGUCAGGAUGGAUGUUCACCACGAGAAGUACCUAGCCUAUAACACAGCACACAAUCCCAACAACAUUCAAACAAUGGCUAGAGGUCAAGGAGGGAGCGCAAAGACUAACCACCUGAGGGCGGUGGCUCCUGCUUCUACCGCCUCUGGUGUCAUUGGGUCACAACGUGGGAGGCCGAGCAUUAGGACGGACGCCGACAAGCCGUACGCCUGCCUCACCUGUGGGAAGCGUUUCGCUGAGGCAAACUAUGUGAAGAAGCACCAGACUGUUCACACCAAGGAGAGGCCCUUUAAGUGUAAGCUGUGUUACAAGAGCUUCUCCUUCCAGAAUAACCUUAUCAGACACAGGAGUGUCCACAAUGGGAAGAAAUCAUAGAAGUGUAUGAGUUUUAAGCAGGGGAUAUCUGGGAACCAUUGUUUAGCUGACAUACACUACAUGACCAGUAUGUGGACACCCCUUCAAAUUGGGGACAGGUGUUUACAAUCGAGCACACAGGACAUGCAAUCUCCAAAGACAAACAUUGGCAGUAGAAUGGCCCAUACUGAAGUCUCAGUGACCUUCAACAUGGCACCAUCAUAGGAUGCCUCGGUUCCAAGAAGUCAGUUCAUCACGUUUCUGCCCUACUAGAGCUGCCCCGGUCAACUGUAAGUGCUGUGAUUGUGAAGUGGAAAUGUCUAGGAGCAACAGCGCAGCCACGAAGUAGUAGGCCACACAAGCUCACAGAACGGGACUGGCGAGUGCUGAAGAUCGUAGCUCAUAAAAAUUGUCUGUCCUCUGUUGCAACACUCACUACCGAGUUCCAGACUGCCUCUGUAAGGAAGAACGUCGGCACAAAAACUGUUUGUCGGGAGCUUCAUGAUAUGGGUUUCCAUGGCUGAGCGUGGAAAUGCGUUCUCUGGAGUGAUGAAUCUGGCAGUCCAAUGGAUGAAUCUGGGUUUUGCAGAUGCAGGGAGAACGCUACCUGCCCGAAUGCAUAGUGCCCACUGUAAAGUUUGGUGGAGGGGGAAUAAUGGUCUGGGGCUGUUUAUGGUUUGGGCUCCUUAGUUCCAGUGAAGGGAAAUCUUAACGCUACAGCAUGCAAUGACAUUGUAGACAAUUAUGUGCUUUGUGGCAACAGUUUGUGGAAGGCUCUUUCCUGUUUCAGCAUUACAAUGCCCCUGUGCACAAAGCGAGGUCCAUACAGAAAUGUUUUGUCAAGAUCGGUGUGGAAGAACUUGACAGGCCUGUACAGAUCCCUGACCUCAACCCCUUAGAACACCUUUGGGAUGAAUUGGAACACCGAUUGUGAGCCAGGCCUAAACACCAAACAUAGAUACAGGACCUCACUAAUGCUUUUGUGGCUGAAUGGAAGAAAGUCCCUGCAGCAAUGUCCCAACAUCUAGUGGAAAAGCCUUCCCAGGAGAGUGGAGGCUGUUAUAGCAGCAAAGGGGGGGACCAACUCCAUAUUAAUGCCCAUGAUUUUGGAUUGAGAUGUUCAACGAGUAGGUGUCCACAUACUUUUGGUCAUGUAGUGUAUUAUAGUUAUGUGUAGUGUAUUGGGGUAAGAGUUUUUUUUUAAUUUACUGGGUCCCUCGUUUGAGCCUCUGGGUACACUCAUAUUCUUACAUGAUACAGACUUGUUUGGUGUGCUGGCAUAGCCAAAACACUGUCAUUGAAGUGUAACACAACAUGUCCCCUCUGAAUUUGGUUUUGCCUAUGUUCUAUUCAAAACAAAUAUAAUGUCUCCCCCCCCAACAUUAUUCGGCAUAAUCAGGUGGUACCUGUUCCUUUAUGUACUAAAAAAUAGGUGAUCAAAUCUGUUAAUAAAUGAGAAAUCAUGUUG